CGCCCGGGCUGCCCGCGGCUCCCGGGGCUGGCUGGGGAGGGAGCGCGGAGCCCCGGCAGGGGCAGCCGGUUCCCGUCUCCUCUGCGGGAAAGGGGGGCCCGGGGAUGAGCUCCUGAAGCUGCAGCAUCCUCCCUGAAUCAAGAUGACGACAGCCACACCACUAAUCAAUAACACUCAGUUCUCAGUAAAUGUGACAGCAAAGUCUCAAGAACAAAGUCUCUAUCAAAGCUCUGGAGCAAUAGUUGCUGCCAUCGUAGUAGGAGUCGUUGUUAUCUUUACAGUGGUUCUGCUCAUCUUGAAAACAUACAACAGACGCAUGAGAGUGAAGCGGGAGCUGGAACCCAAAGCUACCAAAGCAGCAAUGCCACCUCCCCUAGGACACACCAGCACCAGCCUGUCCCACCAUCCCACAGUGACCUUCAUCCCUGUGGAUAUCCACAUGCAGAACAGAUAACUGGGAACACCCCACCUCCCUGUGAGUGAAAUGAGAUGGAAUUCUUAUUUACAUGGACGUGAGACUCCUCAGCAAAGAGAUGCAUUUGGAGCAGUGAUGAACUCUUAUUUUGUCUAUAGAUGGAAAUUAAUCCUGCUUUCCAUCUCUGGGAGGAAAAAUAAAAGGUCUGGACGCUUUUCAUAUAACUGAAAUCAACUGGUGGAGGCAUCUAAGUAAUCAGAACCACAGUGAGACCCAGUAAAUCAAGGCCAUUCAUUGGGAGACAAGAUGCACACUCAUGUGUUGUGGAGCUUUUGCUUCCUCUCAGAGUUUUGAGCUGCUUCUGCUCAGCACUGACUGAUGAUAAACUGGAAGAAAAAAUUUGGACGUGCAAGCUACAAACUCAGGCUGAACCUGGGUUUGUUAUGAUGUAUGUGAAACAGGUUUGUAGCCAAUUUUAUACAUGAUGGAUAGUACAGGAAAUGUCAAAUUUGUAUUUAUCUUUACUCAUCUUUCAUGUUUCUAGUGCCACAUACCUAUGGUUUGAGAUAAAAAUUUUCCUUUCCAACUAUUUUAAAGCCUUCUUACAAACUUGGUAACCCACCCACUUCCAAAUCAACUCAAUGUAUUUUCACUCUCAUGCCAAGAAUGGCUUGAGGUUCAUUACUGGCUAGAAUGCUUCAUCCUACACAAAAUCUGAGAAGUUCUUUAAUUAAAGAAGGGAGCAUGGGAAGGCAAGAGAGGCUUCAUUCAGCUACUUUGGUACAACCCACCUCCUGAAAUGCUUUGUUCUCUAAUGCAGACUGAGCUUGAACUAUUUUUAGAAUUCUUUUUGUGGUAGAAAGUAACUGAAAGAAAGUGAUGUCUUUUUGCAGCACUGACUCUGGUGGGUGUACAGCAAUGCGACAGAGAAAUUCCCAAGGAUACUCCCAGCCCAGUGAGUGGGAGCACAGAGCAGCAUUGUCAGCCAUUCAGGGGCUGAUUGUCUCAAGUGUGCAAAUCAAAGCAGCCCUGAACACACUGCCUGACAGGAGAGACAGGAAGGGUCAAGAAAUCCAGGAGUGAAACCCUGGUUUUAAUAGAAGCACAGGAGGCUCUGAGAAACAGCUUCACUAUUUCACUCACACAUCUUACAUUUGAUGGAAUCACUCACUUGGAUGGCUGGGCAGGGGGUGAAGAAAAUGCAGCAGUGUCAUCACAGCCUGGAUUUAUUGUGUUGGGGGUGUCCUGAGUCACUGCCAGCCUUUCAGUUCCAGCUGCUGUGGCCAUCAGAGGGCUCCAACCUGUUUGUAGAACAGAAAAACUGUUAGUAGGGUAUUUUAACUCCUGUUUGGGGCACUCUUGUGUAACUGAAUUGAUCACAGAGAGCCUCCAGCUGUAAAGCUUUUGGUCCUGCACUUGUGCUUCUCCCCAGUACUGUCACCUGCCACCAACUGUCACAUCCUGAAAUCAGGCAUGCCAGAACAAAACUGACCCUCCCCAGAGUGACAUGGCCAGAGACUGGGGCCAUAACUUGAUCUGAUUGUUCCAAGAUGUGAAUGUAUCUCUUGAACAGGUCAUUUUUAUUUUUGUGCAGCAACUAAAUGCAAUUAUUUGCAAUUCUUUUUGCUAUGGAACUGGAGCACAGUUGGAAUUCCAAACUAAAUAUUAAGACAGCUGUUUGUGAAGUUCCUAAAUCUUGUUAUAAAUAUUUGACUUGUCCUA